AUGGAUGCUAGUCAAGUUGCAUUUGCAGUCGAUGUAGUUUUUGUCUGUGGUAAGACUCGCACAGCGCCUAAGAAACUCCUAUCCAUGCCAAGGUUGGAACUGCAGGCUGCAGUCUUGGCUACUCGAUUAUCAAAGCUGGUGGUGGACAGACAUGACAUAAACAUAAGCCGUAUAGUAUUUUGGACUGAUUCCAAAACCGUUCUUUGUUGGGUAAAUUCAAGAAAUCGCCGAUUCAAACCAUUUGUUGGGCAUCGUAUAGCUGGAAUAUUGACCUCAACGAAAGAAGACCAAUGGAGAUGGGUGCCAACUAAAAUGAACCCUUCUGACGCUGCAACAAGAGCCAAAGAGGUGCCUAAAAUAAACAAUGGCAACAUUUGGUUAAAAGGGCCAACCUUUUUACGUCAAGAACAAAAUAGCUGGCCAAAUGCUACAUUUUCGUUUUAUACUGACACGCCAGAAGAAGAGAUUACGACACCGAUAUUACUACAAUAUCAGGCCAGUGAAACAUUGAUAGAAUUUAACCGUUUCAGUUAUUUUUUUAGACUUAAACGUUCUGUUGCCUGGUUCCUAAGAGCUGUUCAAAUAUUCUGUAGAAAACGAGAUCCACUAUUUAUAGAAGAGUGUAAUAAUUGGCAGUCGUUGCCACCGUUAUUACCAAGUGAAAUCAAUGAAGCCGAAAAAUUUAUAAUGCAACUGGUACAGGAGGAUUGUUUUUCGGAGGAAAAGAGUUUACUUAAGCUUCAACAACCUCUUAACAAAAAAUGCAAACUAUACAAAUUAACGCCAUACGUAGACAACGAAGAAAUUAUUCCUGCCAGUGGUCGCCUGGAUGAAGCCAUAUAUCUGCCUCUUGAAGCUCGACGCCCUAUUAUAUUGCCGAAACGCCAUGUCGUCUCCGAACUAAUAAUGAAACACUAUCAUGUUGCCUACAAACAUCAAAAUCAAGCUACCAUUAUCAACGCUGUACGCCAAAAGUUCUGGAUAAUUGGUGCCAAGCCACUUUUGAAAUCAGUCCAACGCAAUUGUAUGGAAUGCCACCUUGAAGCCGCCAAGCCAGCGCCACCGUUAAUGGGUCAGCUCCCAAUCGACCGUAUAAUGCCGUAUGUACGACCGUUCUCAUACAGAGGUGUUGACCUGUUUGGAUCAUUACAUGUUACUAUUGGUCGUCGCCGUGAGAAGCGCUGGGCUGUCACAUUCACAUGCUUAACAGUACAUGCUGUGCAUAUAGACAUCGUCGAUAGCUUAUCAACUGAUGCGUUCCUAGUAUGUUUCCGCAGUUUUAUUAACCGUCGUGGUACGCCAGUCAGAAUGCGUAAUGACAAUGGCACCAACUUUAUUGGGGCACAAAGGGAAUUAUGUGCUGAUAAAAAGUUUCUUGAUGUUAAUGAUAUACGUGAGGAAGCCACUCAACUUGGAAUUGAAUGGAUAUUCAAUUGUCCACAGAAUCCCAAUGCAGGUGGUUGCUGGGAGCGCCUUAUAAGAAUGAUUAAACGUCUAUUAUUCAAGUCAAUCAGAGAAGAAGCACCGAAGGUGGAGGGGUUAAGGGCAGCACUAAUUAAAGCUGAAAACAUUAUUAACAGCCGACCGCUUACAGACAUUCCUUUGACGCACAGCGAGCAGGAGUCACUCACACCAAAUCAUUUCUUAUUAGGCUGUGUCAAUAGUACACAGACACGCUAUAAUGAUGCCAUACCUAUCAGCCUCGGUAAACAGUGGCAUAUUCUCCAAGAUAUAAACAGCCGUUUGUGGAAACAGUGGACUACUGAGCUCUUGCCUCAACUUUUUCGACGCCCUAAAUGGUGUAAGGAGGUGGUGCCGCUCAGGGUUGGGGGUUUUGUGAUCGUUUGUGACAAUCUGCUACCAAGAGGUCAAUGGCUCAAGGGUCAAAUUGUUGAAGUGUUUCCUUCUAAGACCGGUCAGGUUAGAUCAGCCCGCGUACAGACCAAGAAUGGUAUCCUAACUCGUCCAGUCACCAAGCUAGCCGCUUGUCAGAUUAGUGAAUCUUGCGAAGAUUCACGGGAGGGCGGAAUGUCAUAG